ACAUGUAAAGUUUGUUUAUAAAUGUUUCUUGUAAAGCGACAGUGAGCACCACUGCGACAUUUCUCUCCGAGCUCCCCUCCGUCCUUCUAUGGCGACCAUCUUCGACGCCAACGUCAGUAUUUCUCUCGACAUGGAGAGAACUGGCCAGUGGUUUGCCUCCCAAAUUCCCACGGAUGUCAUCGUCCAAGUCGGAGAAUCCAAAUUUCCCCUCCAUAAGUUUAUGCUGGUGGCGAAGAGUAAUUAUCUGAGAAAAGUGAUUCUCGAGUCCAUCAAUAUAUCGAGAAUAGAUCUCUCAGGGAUUCCUGGCGGCGCCGAAGCCUUCCAGAGAGUGUUCGACUUCUGCUACGGUGUAAAUUUUGAGGUCACGGUGCACAACGUGGCGCCAAUCCGAUGCGCCGCCGAGUAUCUGGAGAUGAGCGAUAAGUAUUGCGAAAACAAUUUAAUCGGGAGAACUGAGGAUUUUUUGUCGCAAGUUGCGCUGAAGAGCCUUCCUGGAACUCUCGCCGUGCUGAGGUCUUGUGAAGAUGUUAUUCCCAUGGCGGAGGAUCUCGGAAUCGUCAGGAGAUGCGUUGAGGUUGCGAGUGCAAAGGCCUGCGUCGAGGCGAUUUUCCCGACCCGAUCGCCCCCAAACUGGUGGACCGAAGAGCUAACAAUCCUCGGCAUAAGCUUCUUCGAAAAGAUCAUUACCGCAAUGAAGUUGAGGGGAGCCAAGAGCCUUUCUCUCGCAAGCGCCAUCACGGUGUACGCAGAGAGAUCAUUCAAUGGCGACAACUUUGGAAUAGUUGCCAAGUCCUCUACCGAAUCUGAUGUUCGAGCACAACAACAGGAUCUUCUCAAGGCGAUAGUGGCUUUAAUGCCGACUGAAAAAAUGGCCUUCCCCGUGAAGUUCUUGUGCCAUCUCCUGAGGACUGCGAUUUUCUUGAGGGCUGAUGGGAGCUGCAAGACCGAGCUCGAAAAAAGGAUUUCCUCGAUGCUAGACCGUGCGACAGUGGACGAUCUUCUCGUGCUAUCGUUCACCUACGACGGCGAGAGGAUGUUUGAUCUCGAGAGCGUGAGGCGGAUCAUAUCCGGAUUUGUGGAGAGGGAUAAGAGCGUCGCGGUUUUCAACGCUGGCGAUUUUAGGGAAGUUUGCUCUGCUGCUAUGCAGAGGGUAGCCAAGACCGUGGAAGCAUACCUCGCGGAGAUCUCGACGCAUCGAGAACUCAACAUUGCAAAGUUCAAUGGGAUUGCAAAUUUGGUGCCAAAAGAAGCAAGGAAAGGCGACGACAAUCUUUACCGCGCAGUCGAUAUAUACCUCAAAGCACACCCAAAUUUAGACGAAAUCGAACGCGAGAAACUAUGCAGUGUGAUGGACCCCCUGAAGCUAUCCUACGAGGCGCGCAUCCACGCUUCGCAGAACAAACGUCUGCCGGUGCAGAUAGUGCUCCACGCUCUCUACUACGACCAGCUCAAGUCGAGGAGCAAGGUGCCAGAUGCUGAUGCCACGAGGAAUCAAGUGCACGCUGACGUAUCUCUUGCGAAGGAGAACGAAGCACUGAGGACCGAAAUACUACACAUGAAAAUGUACAUCCAAGACAUGCAGAAAACUCCUCGGGACACCUCGUCGUCGUCGUCGUCUAAGAAUGGCAUCAAGAAAAUGAAGUUGUUCUCAUUUUCAAAGACUCUUGGGCGACUGAAUCCGUUCAAGAACACUUCAAAGGAUACGUCGCAUAUCGAUGAUGGGAAGGUGGAUUUUGCUAAGCCUAAGAAGAGAAGGUUCUCUAUCUCUUAGGUUGUGGUUUGUAUGAUUUGUUCUUCUUCGUGUGCUGAAUUGAAUUGUGUAUAAAGUUUGUAGGUUCAAUCGGAUUGUUGAUGUGUUCCUUCUUAUUGAAAUUCAAGUUUGUAGGACUUUUUUUUUUUA